AUGAUUAUGGACAAUUCAAAAACUACCAGCAAAACUACGCUGCUCAAGCUGAUGUUGUUGCGCGCAUGGAAAGAACGUUGGACCGACUGCCAGUGGGGAAUCAACGUGAAAACGAUUCUCACGCGAGGAGUGAGCGGUGAUGUGUAUAACUUGGCCGAUGCCAUCGUCCAACAGGCGGUGGUGGGAUCUGGAGCUAAUAUGCUGUUUCUCUCCUAUCUGAAACAUUCGUUGUGCGCUCACCUGAUUUCCCAUGCGGCCGUGCUGAAUCGUAUUGCCAAGUAUGAUCAGUUCGAUAAACAUCAUUGUCUUAUCGCGUUGCUUGACUUCCUCAAGUCCAUUAUCGAUGGCGUUACCUGCCGGGGCAAGCAGGAAGAAUCGAUCCUCACCAAAGCGACCGUUUCGCUCGUACACUGGUUGCUGCAGAUAUAUGAAUGCGUCCUACAGUCAUACGCCGAGAGCCGGGCACUUCAAACCGAAGAAGAAGACGUCGUACAACGUGUUGCUACCGUGCUCGAACGGAUCGUUGAAAACCCAUUCCUGCUGGGGGUAAUUUCAAUAGGAAAAUGUGAAGAUCCGGAACAAUUCAUAACGCUCCAGAAAAGGUUUAACGGCAUCAACAACCUCACUCUGACUACCGGUUACGUGGCGCAUGUGGGCAACAAUACGAACAAUGUAACCGUAACCGAUUGUAUGCGCAAGCUCGUACUGCUCGAGGUAGACAUUCUGGAGAUGAAACUGUUCGACGGUGGAAAGGUAGAACCGAUCACAUUCAGUCUGCAACCGUUCAUCGCAAUCGAAGUGUUGCUGAACCCGAUGUGCGAAACCAACCAGUAUGUAGCGCAGCUGAUUAAUCUGAAGCGCCUCAAGGGUUAUUCGUAUGCGCGCUUGUACUGCGAGAUCAUGCGCGGAUGUCUCAUCUCGCUGAACAAUGUCGAGGGUACGACGAAGGAGUCGCUAAUGUGUGCGUUUGCGUUCAUCAAAGUACCGCACAUUAUGCACCAGAUACACACGAAAACGAACGGCAAAGAGCAACAGGACGAAGCGACCAGCACGAACUACAGCGUGGAGGUGCUGGAAGCGUUCGAGUUGCUGCUGCAAGAUGGUCCGGUGUUGGACUACAUGGACAUGAAGUGUUCCUGCAACGUUGUCGAGUGUCUGCUGAAGGAGAUGGUGAAGCACAACCUACUGACGGAAACGCACGUGAAACAUUUCGUCGCCCAGCGCGAACCGAUUACGCUCGGUUUGCAUAAGCUCGAGGCGAAUAAUGCACAGCUUACAUUGAUGCUGAAGUUCGUAUUUCGCGUCGAAUCACCUUUGGUGGGUAUACUGAAAGCACUCAACACAGACCACAGCAAGGUGCAAGAUGCGCUGCUUGCUAUGCUGUGUCAGGUGCUGACGGGGAAUAGCCUCGAUUUGGUAUUAUCCGUUGCAUCGGUGGAAGGGAAAUUUAAAGCCUUCAUCUCCGGUCUGUUGAAGUGUAACGAUUACGCUAAACAAGCUACAGGAGUAGAAAUUGGCAAGGCGAGCACCACCCGCGGGGCACUAUUCGACGUUACCUUCAUGAUAUUGGCCUCCAUCGGCCAGAGCUACGGAUCGGAUGUCAUCCUAGCCGAGGGAGGGAACAGUUUCUUUGAGAAAUGGGUGCGCGAUUACAUGGUGGAAAGAAAGAAAUCCAAAUCCCCCAUGACGAUGGUGAAGCAAGCGGAUCCAAUGGUGCUAGAGGAGCUCAUAAUGGCGCUCAACAACGCCGAGGGUGGUGGGUUGAAGGCGGCCAAUCUGCGCUGGGAAGAUAUAUGCUACACCAUCCCGGCCCUUCUCCACCAGGUACUGAUGGCGUGGGAAAAUGAAACGCUCUCACCGGUGGAGAUCAAGAAAAUGCUCGACGGAUUGAAGGCGCACUUCUCCUCCUUUGCGGUCUGUGCAUCGUCUUGGUUGUGCGCGUACAUGCAGAUGGUACGACAGGACGAGCAGGUAAAACCGAUGAACAUGGUGCAGCAACUCUGCAGUGCCCUGACGGGGCCCCAGGCGGAAGACUGGCAGCAGCAAGAUUACUGCAAGGAGCGGUUCGGUUUAAUGGGUCAGAUCAUACGCCGCAUGCAGCAGGAAUUUCAACGAACGCCUCAAAUAAACCCAAAGCUGCGAGCCCUCUUCCCAAGCCAGCACAUGGUUUCGCAUCUGCCGCUGGAGGAACAGUUUGAGGAGGCGUGGAAAGCGAUCGCCGAACGGGGUUGGUUACCGAUCGAGACGACGUUCUUGCUGGAUACGUUGCUGCAAUCGUGCGGACCGUCCUGGCUGGUGGAGAAACUAAUCGCCAAACUGUUUCUGUGCAAGUACAUUCGCGACCUUAACAAAACGAUGGACAUAAUCUUCGCGAUAAUGCACCUGGAUAUUGAACGUUGCACGAUUGCACUUCUAUCGCAGCUGGUGCCGAUGAUGCUGCUCAACAAACAGCAAACACCCGAGAUUGUCGAUCCACAGUCGCGCGUGCUGGCGAAACUCUGCGUCUAUUGCAUCAUCGUCACGAUGGAAGCGUCACUGACGCUGUCGAAAAAACGAACCCGUGGAACUGUCGGUUCCGAUAUGGAAGAUAUCGAUUCGUUGUGCACUAGCGCCAAGUUACGUAAGAUCGAUUUGGACGGUAUUGGCGUAGGUUGUGAAGCAACCGGAGGCAAUGACUUUACACUGGAGAGUGCACUUGAUUCGGCGGCCAGCUGGGAUGCGACAUCGGCACCGAGCUUGAAGGAACCGCUGCAGGGUUGUUUGCAAACGUUGUUCCGCACCUUUACGCAGUACAUCACCACGGACGAACUGUCCCCGAAGGUGUACUUUAUCUUUCAGUUUCUGUCGCUGCUAGUCGAGAGCGGUCGGGAGCGGAUCAUGUGUGUGCUGAAACUGAUUCCGAACGGAUUGGUGCAGAAUUUGCUAAAAAUCAACGCCACCGAUGAGAUGACGGUUGGGCUAAUCUUAAGACUCUACGAUCUCAACACACCGAGUGGCCGCCAGUUUGCAAUGUCCGACAUCUGUUUGUUGCGCAACAUUCAGAUGCGAAAGGAGAGCAUAAAGCUGUAA